AUGGUGCAACCCGAACCAAUUGCUCAGAACCUGGGAGAACUGCUGGAGCGUGUACCAGCCACCGGAGCGUCAGUCGGCAUAGCACUGGAUGGAGAUGCCGAUCGGGUCGGCAUCAUCGACGAAACCGGGCGGUUUGUUACCACCCUGGACGUCUUUUCCCUGCUGGCCUUAUACCUGUUGGAGACAAAGGGCUGGCGGGGCUCGCUGAUCAAGGGAGUCACGGCGUCGCAGGCCUUGAACAAAAUGGGCAGCUUAUACGGAGUGGACGUUCACGAGGUCAGGGUUGGCUUCAAGCAUAUGGGCCCCCGUAUGGACGAGCUGAAUGCCCUGAUGGCCGGCGAAGAAAGCGGCGGGUUCGCCUUCCGGGGGCAUGUGCCGGAGCGGGACGGAAUACUGAGCGGUCUAUUCGUGCUGGAAUACAUGGCCAAAUCGGGCAAGACCGUUUCGCAAUUGCUUGCCAACUUGUUCGAGAAGGUCGGUCCGCACUACUAUCAUCGCCGUGAUAUCGAGUUUGCCUCCUCAGAACGCGACCGCAUCAACCAGCGGGUCAACGACCCCGGCCUGGACCGCUUGGGCCACUAUUCUGUGACGUCCUCGGACAGCAUCGAUGGUCGACGGCUUCAUUUUGAGGACGGCUGGCUUGCGGUGCGAUUCUCGGGCACCGAGCCGCUCCUGCGCAUCUACGCAGAAGCCAGCUCACCAGAGCGUGUUGAUGGCCUCCUGGACGCCGCAGCCGAAUACUUGGGUGUUUAG